AUGGUUAAUCUAGAAGAAGUCAAGAAGCUUAUUGAAAAGGAAUUGAAGCCUGCAAAGGCCAAAAUUGCUGAAUACGAGAAGAAAAUUGCCGAAAUGGACGAGUCGUAUAAUUUCCUAUCGGCGAAGUAUGAUCAAUUACUUAAGCAACUGCAAAGCUUAAACGAGAAGAGUAAUAAGCUAGAAAAGAAAACCAGUGUCCUACAAACGGAUCUGAAUAAUGUAGAAACGGUGUCAGAAGAUCUAGCUCAAUAUCUACGGCGCGAUUGUGUCGAAAUAUCGGGUGUCAAUCCAUCAGAAGGUCAAUCAUGCAACGACAUUGUUGUAUCCUUGAGUGAAGAAAUGGGCAUAAAAAUCGACGACCGAGAUAUAUCAACAGCUCAUGUCCUGCAACAUAUAAUAAGAACAAGGAUAAAAAAAUUAUUGUGA